GGAAUUACUAACAAAUUACACCCAUGUCUUCAUUUUUCUUGGAGGAUAUCAAACCUCUGCUUUACUUCAAAAAUGUUGGCGGUAGAUUUCAUGUUUUAUCAGAAACUCUUUCACAGUUUGUCUCCGAAUCCAUGGCUACAACGAAUUGUGGCGAUACAAAAAAAUCCGAAGAUUGCCGAGACGACUCAGAAGCUUUGGUUCUUAAGAUGAUUGCUAUUGCCGCAAUCCUCACCGCCGGUAUUAUUGGUGUCGCAACUCCUCUCGUUGGAAAGAAUCGUAAAUUCCUACGCACAAAUGGGGAAUUAUUCGUCGUCGCAAAGGCUUUAGCAGCGGGAGUAAUUCUGGCGACCGGUUUCGUUCACAUGCUUCCCGACGGUGCGUCUGCGCUUUCCGAUCCCUGCCUGCCUAAAAAUCCAUGGUCGAAAUUCCCCUUCGCAGGGUUCAUCGCCAUGAUUGCUUCGCUGAUCACGCUUAUGUUCGAUUUCGUUGCAACUCAGUUUUACGAAAGGAAACAGGAGAAGGAGAACACAGAAGCGAUCGAUGAAAUCGGGGGGGACGGAUCGUUGGACACGAUUUCUGAUUUUGGAAUCGUUCCGGUGACGGAGAAGGAGACGGAUGGGACGAAAGUGUUGGGAGAAGAGGAAGGAGGAGGGAUGCACAUCGUUGGGAUCCACGCACACGCGGCGCAUCAUAGGCAUAGCCACUCGCAUGAUCAACACGUGGAAGGGGAGGCCUCGCACGUGCACUCUCAUUCGCACGGGUUCGGAGACGGUGACGAGGAAGAAAGUGGUGCUAGGCACGUCGUCGUCUCACAGAUACUGGAAUUUGGAAUAGUGUCACACUCGGUGAUAAUAGGGCUAUCGCUGGGCGUGUCGCAGAGCCCAUGCACCAUAAGACCACUGGUUGCGGCGCUGUCAUUCCAUCAGUUCUUCGAAGGGUUUGCACUCGGAGGUUGCAUCUCCCAGGCGCAGUUCAAUACGCUGUCCUCGACACUGAUGGCUUGCUUCUUCGCUAUCACAACCCCUGCAGGGAUAGGGUUGGGGACGGGUCUGGCUUCAUUCUACAAUCCAAACAGCCCAAGGGCGCUUGCAGUGGAAGGUAUAUUGGACUCCAUCUCUGCAGGGAUCCUCGUCUACAUGGCUUUGGUCGACCUCAUUGCUGCUGAUUUCCUUAGCAAGAAGAUGAGAUGCAACUUCCGUCUCCAAGUAGUCUCCUAUUUUGCUCUCUUCCUCGGCGCUUUAUUGAUGUCUUCUCUUGCCAUCUGGGCUUAAAUGCUUCCUUCAUUCAUUACCACCC